GAGCUGCAUGCCGCGUUUUCUCGCCCCUUCAUGGACCGAUUUCGAAUUUGUGAUUUUCGAAUUUCUGUUCUGACAACGUCGUAGUACAAUGAGCUCUACUACAUAGAUCGAUCGCAGCUUUACGGUUCUACAUUUUUAAUUUUGUAGUUGUAGUAGUGCAAUUUGGUUAGCGUCACUCGUGGGUUAGAUUACUGGUCGGGUUGGAGAGGGGGAAGCUGAUCUCACUGUGGCAUGCUGGGAAUCAAGGAGGGAUACAUGAGAGAAGUUCCGGCAACGCCGAGUGCGACCUCGCCUUAUAUCGUGAGGAGUAUGUCCGCAGGAAGUUAUGGCGGUUUGGAUCUUGCGGUGCCUGUGACUAAGCCCAUGGCUCCGAAGCCUCCUGUGGCAGGUGGUCCCAGCAAGCCGAAAGAACUCACUUCGAGGAAUGGGAAGGGCCAGAACGGAAGCACCAGUACCGGUGCAGUGAGUGUUGUUAACAAGAAUUUCAGCAAUGAGGUCACGGUGGUUGGAGGCAAUCAAGAAGUAAUAUCCGCACAGGUUAACCUCGACAUCUGGCUCGAAUUUCGUGAUCUGACGUACACGGUGGCUAGUAAAAGAAGACUUGGUUGGGAUUCUUUCAAAUGGGUGUGUCCUUGCUUCUCGCGGCACAAGAAUGAGGUUGAGAUGAAUCCUGCUCAGAAGAAAGUACCUGUCACGAAGAGCUUGUUGCAGGGCAUAUCCGGAAAGGCUAAAGAUGGAGAGAUACUGGCUGUCAUGGGACCUAGCGGCUCAGGGAAGUCAACUUUGAUUGACGCAUUGGCUCAAAGAAUUGAUAGGAAGAGUUUGGUGGGUAGCAUUACAUUGAAUGGGCAAGAAGUGGAUCCGGAUUUGCUGCGCAACAUCUCUGCCUAUGUAAUGCAGGACGAUCUGCUCUUUCCUAUGCUCACUGUGAAGGAGACGCUAAUGUUUGCAGCCAACGUGCGCCUCCCAGCGAGUCAUGGAAAGGAAGCCAAGAUUGCGAGAGUGAAUAGUAUGAUUCGGCAGCUUGGAUUGGGGAAAGUUGCGGAUACUAUCAUCGGGGACGAGUCCCAUCGAGGCGUCUCAGGAGGAGAGAGACGACGGGUCUCAAUCGGAAUUGACAUAGUUCAUGGUCCCUUGCUUUUAUUCCUCGAUGAACCUACAUCGGGUCUGGAUUCUUCAAGCGCCUUCAUGGUAGUGGAGACGCUCAGGCACAUUGCAGAGAUGGGCAGCAUUGUGAUCUUCUCUGUCCAUCAGCCCAGCGACAGAAUCCUGGGUCUCAUUGAUAACUUGCUAAUUCUAGCUAAUGGUCAGAUGAUCUACAUGGGUCAUCCCAAAGAGCUAACAGCAUACUUCACAGCAUUUAAUCAUGGAUAUCCUAUUCCCUCCUCUCAUGGAAAUGCAGCCGAGUUCGCCAUCGACCUCAUUCAAAUUCUCAGCUCCAUGCCUGAGGGCAUCAGGCCACUUGUGACCCGGUAUAAGGUGACGAGCUCCUACAACCAUCUUCGUGGAGAGUCUUCGCCGGCUAACCGAGCCAGACUUCAUCCGGCAACUCCCACUGGAGUUGCAGGUGCAAUUGCUGCCAGCAUUGCCAAGGGUAGAUUAAUGUCAACCUCAGGUUAUGUGGAGCAUUGCAACGACAGUGCGACACUGGUGCUAAAAUUUGCUAACACGAGAAGUGAGGAGAUCAAGUUCCUCACAUGGAGAUGCAUCACUAAUAUACGCCGAACUCCCGAGCUUUUCUACACGAGAUUGGGCACAGUUACUGUUUCUGGUCUCCUUCUCGCAACCAUUUUUUGGCAGUUAGAUCACACUCCCAAGGGUUUGCAGGAGCGUCUCGGCUUCUUCACGUUCGCAAUGACCUUCUCGUACUAUUCCUGCGUGGAUACACUGCCAAUUUUCCUUCAGGAGCGCUACAUAUUCAUUCGGGAAACGGCACACAACGCUUAUCGCAAAUCGUCAUACGUACUCGCCAAUGCUUUAAUUUACAUCCCAUUCCUAGGAUUAUUAUCUUUCGCAUUCGCAGUGACGACCUUUUGGGCCGUUGGUCUGGCUGGGGGAUUCGGCGGAUUCUGCUUCUUUUUCCUCAUCAUUUGGGCCUCAUUCUGGGCUGGUAACUCUUUUGCCACUUUCUUGUCAGCUAUCAUUCCAAAUGUGAUCCUAGGUUACACUAUUGUAGUUGCUGUCCUUGCAUAUUUUCUUCUAUUGAGCGGGUUUUUCAGAACCAGGGACAGAAUACCCAAUUACUGGAUUUGGUUUCAUUACAUCUCAUUAAUUAAGUACCCGUAUGAAGCUGUGGUCCGCAACGAGCUCAUGAGGUCAAGUGCCUCCUCUUGCUACGAAACAGCAGGUCAAAUCUUCACAAAUACUCCUCUUGCACCAUACAUACCGGAGACGCUAGUUAAUAGCGUGCUUGAAACCCUCAAAGAAGAUGUACUCUCUGAUACUCCUUACUCGGACUUGAAUGGCUCAACCUGUAUCAUGGAUGGCAUGGCUGUGCUCCAGAAUCAAGACAUCACACAACUAGGCAAAUGGAGCAAUUUAGUCAUCACAAUAGCGUUCGGAGUCGUCUAUCGGGUACUAUUCUACUUUGUGCUUGGCAAAGCUCAAAACCAGAGACAUUAGAUCAACUUUGAUUGAAACCGUCGUGUAAUUUGUUGACCUGAGACAACAUUGGCAGUGUGGACGAGGUUCAAAGGAAUUUUAGUCUUACCCCGUAAAAGAACGUGUGCUGUUUUUGGGAAAAUCUAUCGUUCACACUUAAACCUAUCGAUGGCCAGAAGCCUGUACAAAAAUAGGUGGUUGAAUUCACUAGAUUUUUUUGACGACACAAUAAAGAUUUGUAAAAAUACACACAUUCAUCUGACUCUAGAUGAUUUCACAA